ACACACAUACACGAGCCAGCUAUAAAUAGGGCUGCGCGCAACGCACUCUUCGACAUUUUCCCCAAAAUCAAACGAAACCCUCAACCGGGCAAGAUACCGUGGGAAAACCACCGGCUUACUUUUCAAUAUUCACUCUAUCUUGCCACAAUCUUAGAUUAUUGUACUGUAGUGUAUAGGCAUAAUUAUGCGUUUUGGUGGAUUUUACGUUAAACACGUCAUUGUGGCAGCGGUGUGCUCCUUGCUGGCAACGGGGACGCUGGGGUCCCCCGUGGUGGUGCCAGAACCGAUCCGAUGUUCCCCGUGUACUCCGGAGAGGCUGAGCCAGUGUCCGCCGGUGGAUCCUGGGUGCGCUGAGGUGCUGCGGGAGCCCGGCUGUGGAUGCUGUCCCGCCUGCGCCCUCACGGCGGACGAGCUGUGCGGCAUCUACACGGCCCCGUGCGGCUCCGGACUCAGGUGCACCCCGAAACCGGGGGACCCCCGACCGCUGCACUCUCUCACUCGAGGACAAGCGGUGUGCACGGAAAGCUCCGAGCCGAAACCGACACCGGAGCCUCAGACGCAAGAUCAGGGAGAGCAAGAGGCUGAGAUGGAGAAUGUGGCCGUGGUCUCGGACCCCGGCUUCAGUUACUACCUCCCCGGCCAGAGCAAACCAUACGACCCGAGGGUGGCUGCCGACGCCCAGGAGAGCAUGAAGGCCAAACUCGUCGCCAUCCGCAAGAAAUUAGUCGAGCAGGGGCCUUGUCAUAUUGAGUUGCAAAGAGCCUUGGAGAAGAUUGCCAAAUCCCAACAGAAAUUAGGAGACAAACUGACCAGAUUCUACCUCCCCAACUGUGAUAAACACGGGCUUUACAAACCCAAGCAGUGUGAAUCCUCUCUGGAUGGUCAAAGGGGACGGUGCUGGUGUGUAAACUCCUGGAAUGGCAAGAAGAUUUUAGGCUCCACCGAUCUGCCGGCGGAAUCCGAGUGCUCUUAGAGAGAAGCGCAUCUUCCCAAAGAAAAAGAAGCAAGCCACUGAUUUUCCAUUUUGAUAGCUGUUUAUUUAUUGACCUGGUCCUUGGUGGUGUUUUAAUCAGGUACACUGUCAUUCUGGGACUGCCAUCACCCCCAUUCCUUCUGAAACACCUUUCCCAAAGAGAAGAGGAACAUAAUCUAUUUUAUUUUUCUGAAUGGAGAUUUUAUUAUUGAUCCAUUUACUUUACACUUUAUUUAUUUCAGUUGGGUUGAAUUUUGCUGUUUUGUGUAAUUAUUAUUAUUAUUGGUAUUUAUAUUUUUGUGUGUUUUUUUUUAAUGGGUGUUUUAUGUGUAUAUAUUUAUAUUGGCCCUGACUAACUCCAUCGCCGAGUUGAGCUCGCUCUACCGUUUAGUGGUCUGGAGGUUUGGUUUGUGACAAACCAAGCAAGAAUGAAAGCACUGAGUAUCCAAAUGUCAAUUAUUGUUGUUGUUUUUUUUAAUAUAUAUAUGUAUUUUUUUCACAUUGCUGCCAUGUAAAUGUCAUUCAUACAUUACCUGAUGUGACUCACCAUCAGCUGUUUUGAGUGACUGCUAAACUUGUCGGAUUUCAACCAUUACAGUCUCAGAAAACCUUUCCCACAGUUCCAUGUGGUGCAGAUAGUAUGACAGGUUGGUGUCUCGUAAUGCACCUCCACUCAGACGGGUAUUUCAACAUUUACCUACCUCUAGUAUUUGUGUCCUCUCUCAAUUGUGUUGAUGUGUCUGUCGACAAAAACGUGCUAUUCUACCUUGUAUGUUGCUGUUCUCUCUAAUUAAGAACACAUGACCACAUUAAGAAGUCCCACAGUUCAACCAUAAUGUGGUUCACAAGUGGCGCCUCUGUUCUGAUCUACAUGCUGCUGUUGGAGAGUAUUGUUUAUAUCUAUUCCAAAGAGACUAACUGCUCGCUCACUUUUGUAAUUGAGAUGUAAUGUAAUAAAAAAGGUGAUAUAUUUAAUAAAAACAUUACUUAACCCCA